UUUACUAGCAAAACCCUAGUAGUCCCCGGCCGAGCUGGAGCUGCAGAGUCGUAAACUGAGGGAACCAUUACAUGGGUUGCGACGAGCGAUCGAAAUGGUUCAUAUCCAUCUUUGCGGCCGUCACCGCCGCCUUCGCGGCGAUAUCUGCUUAUCGUUGGCGGGAAAGAUUUAAAGAGCUGGAAUCAAAGGUGGAAGAGCUUCAGAAUGCUCUUGAAUCGUCGACUGAGAAAUCGGCCGCGGAGAGGCAAGGCCGAAUUCGCGCUCAACAGGCAUUGAGGAAAGCUCUAGCACAGCACAAGCCUGAGAAUUUGGAGCAGAGUUCUUAUCCAAUGACGCCAAUUGGUACUGUCCAGUCUUGCUUCUCCACCAGAAAUGGAACUCCAAGGCAGCCAUUGGUAGUACCUCUAGCAAGGGCAUGCUUAAUGUUCAACCCAUCUAGGGUUCCACCAGCUUCACUAGAGGGUCUAACUGAGUAUUCUCAUUGCUGGAUAAUCUAUGUGUUUCACUUGAACACGGAUUUGGAUAAGUUGUGGAAGGAACCAUCUAGAUCAAAAUUCAAGGCCAAGGUUAGAGUGCCAAGGCUGAAAGGUGGUAGAAUGGGAGUGUUUGCGACCAGAACUCCUCAUCGACCUUGCCCCAUUGGCCUCACCGUUGCAAAGGUAGAAGCUGUACAAGGAAACAUGGUUCUGCUCUCUGGUGUGGAUCUAGUUGAUGGCACACCAGUUCUUGAUAUCAAACCUUAUCUCCCUUACUGUGACAGCAUCACCGAAGCAACAGUGCCGAAGUGGGUAAUGGAGGAUGGCAUGUUAGCAGUAACCUCAAUCAGCUUCUCCGAGGGCUUUGCUUCUAACCUCGAUGAUUGCUGGCGGAGAAUAGGAAAGAAAUCGCUGUACUCAUCUGCAGCAGAGCUGCGACGCCUGAUCGAAGAGGUGCUCUCGUGGGACAUUCGCUCGGUCUCCCAACGAAACCAACCUCAUGAUGGAGCUACUGAGUUGCCAUCAAUUGCUGCUUCACCAGAUGAGGAGUUUAGUGAACAGCACAAUCACGAGGAUGAUGAUAUUGCCCCAGUUGGCUCCAGAGGCAUAGUCUAUCAUCUUCUCCUGGAGGGCGUCGAUAUUGCAUACAGGAUCGACGAAAACAGCAAUGUGAUUGUCGAGAAAGCUGUUGUGAAACCAUCAGACGACAAUGAGAGUGUCCCAAAUGGUGAUCGCCGAAAUCGUUCCAGUUACUCCAUGUGGGUAGACAACUUGGGUUAGGUCAAAAGGCACAUUUACAUCCCUACAAUACACCAUUAGGUAGCUAAAAAGCAUCAAUAGUUUAGGCAUUGACCCGAUUAACACAGACUAGAUUACAAAACUGUCAUUACCUUCUAAAUCAUUUCUCAGGUUGAAACAUUUUUUGGGCUACGCAAAAGGCAAAGGUUGCAUUGGGGUUGUGGUGCUAGUGGCCAUAGAAUAGAUAGAUAUUCUCCAUGAAACCUUGUUAGUAUGGUAUCUUCGGCCGGUUUCAUUGUUGAAUCUUUGCUUUGUACUCGGUCUUGUUUCCUUUUGCUCUUUGGAUUGGUCGUCUUUCGACAGACAAUGGAACUUAGCAUUGUUGCAGCAGCCCACCUGCCCAUGUUUUAACAUGGUAUUGAUCGUGUGUCGCUCCAGACCAAAGAGAAACAAAACAGAAGUGUCGUUAGUAUCUAUCUACCUGCAUUGCAUAUAAGAAGCAGAGACUAUCGUAGAUGACAAGAAAGCCUGCGGAUUAAGGAUUGUAAAAUCGUAACGGAACCAUCAAUAUGGGAUUUAAGAGGGAUGAUAUAAAUAAGAGGUUUUAAGUUAUUGUUCAACAAUUAUAUUGCCGAAAAUCAUUGACUAAUUUAGACUUCAAUAAGAAAUUUUUCCGACUGAACUGCCCUAUCAUUUUACGAAAGGGAGAAAUUCCGCACCUUUCUAGAGGACGCAGACAGGAAUUAAGGUUUACCGGUGAAGGUGGGUCCCGCUUGAAUAAAAAGUAACAGAAAGCAACGGCAAUUUAAAAUUCCCGCCGGUGGGACCCCCAACCCCAAAAGCACGGGCGGAUCAAUCUGUUGACGGUUAAGUGGUCAAUCUUCUUCCCAUCUGCUCAGUAACGUGACGUUUACCGGAAAAGGAAAGUUACUGUGGUGAAAAGUAAAAAACAGAAGAGGAAACUGACAGAUCUCUGACUUUUCAAUAAGGGGAUUUAUGAGUACAGCUGAAUUUCCCCCCAACUAAAUUUGGAAGCACCAUAAAUAAAUGGAACACCUCAUUGGGCAAGUUGUGGUUGUGGAUCAAUCUUACCUAACCAACAACCUCUUAUUUAUGACCUUCUUUGCUUGCCCAUAAUUUUCCAGAUCUACCAUACCAUUAUGAAGUCAUUUCCACUUUCACCAAAUCCCCCACAUUCACAUCGCUGUAAAUUGGUUAUAAACAAGCAAGGUUGUUAAACCCCUAUCGAACCCCCCGGUUGGACCCGGUUCAACUCGAGUCGGGCUUCAAAAUGGCCUCCAGAAAACCCCCCGGUCUGACCCCUAAACAGGGAGAAGAAGAGAGGCAGAAGAGAGGAAAAAGAACGAAGGAAGGGAAAUGGUAGGUGGAUCAUGGAGGUUAUGUAGAUUUAUUUUGUUGAAAAUAAGUUUUUAAUAGAUAUAUGUAAGAUAA